UUGAAGAAAUUUUUUUGCUCUAUAUAUAUGUUGACAGGAGAUGCUACUCUUGUCCUAAAUAAAUCUGUAAGCACUUUCAUCAAAACAAGAAUGGUGUGCAGAGCAGAAGAAGCUUUGAAGCAGAGAGAGAACCUAAAGAGGUGUAAACAAGAUCAUGAUCGCCAAAAGAAGAAGGUGCAAUCAAUCACAGAUUGCAAGAAAGAGAAAAGUUGUAGAUUCAAGCGAAGCACUUCUAAUCUCGACCAGGACGGCGCUUCCUCAGCCAUAUUUUUCCUUGCUUGCAUUGCCUGCUCAUCCUUCUCCAAUAAUCUCUAAUUAUUCCCGCUGUAAGAGCAUCCACAGUUAAUUACUUUUCAUACAACGUUUAAUUAAAUCGUAGUCUUCUAUUUGUUAAUUCUGUUGUUACCUUAUCUUGUGUUAUAAUUUUCUUAUUUUUUAUUUUCA